AUGUCUUCCCCAAUGCCUCAGACUCCGCAGAUGGCGAGCCAUAACCCGUUUCACUCUCUUGGAGACCUGGCUGCGAAGCUUGCCUCUCCACUAUCCAUCAAGACAGACGCAAGGGUUGUUCAACCCGGAGUCCUCCCCCCUACCCCUAUCGCUUCCCCUCUUCCAUCCAUGUUCGAUCCUCGGUUCCAAAUGCCUCCAGCUGUCUUCCAUUACACUGGCAACAUCCCCGAGAGCCCCAUCAAGGAUGCAGUCGAAAGAUACCGUUUAAAUGCGGUCUUUUGGCAGAGGUCUUUCAUGGCAAUGCGCUCGGAGACAUCCCGAACUGUCCGAGAGCUUCAGCUUCGAAUUGAGGCUCUGGAGCACAGGAUCUUUGACACGGAGAUCACAGUUAUGCUGGGCACUGGGCAGCCCACGGUCCCCAAUAGAGUGCGAAGUCCUAUAACUCCCAUUGCUAUGAAGAACCCGGCAGCCACGCCCCGCCCUGCCGUUUGA